UACUGCUGAUUUCAAUGUGUUUCGCCCAAGGUUCAAUAUAGCAGCAAAACAGACAUAUCAGAAACAGGGCAUCCAGUCCAAAAUUUUUUGUUAUCAUUCUAAAUAACGGGAAUUUGGCACCUUAUACUUCUAUUAAGAAUGCAUUUUGUGUCCGCCCUGUUAGUUGUGGCUGCUUUUGGGCAUUUUUUUUGUAUCGAAGCCCAACAAUACCUCUGCAACGGAGUUUAUUACACCUAUCCUUUUGCCGGUUGCACAUACAACACCUUUAAUGCCGCUCAAACGCAGUAUUUAUGCAAUGGUUUCUAUUACACUUAUCCAUAUCCGGGGUGUACUUACAAUAAUCUCGCUAAUGCGGCUGCUAACACGGGAGUAGUAUCCAACAAUAACAAUUAUCGUUGUAAUGGAGUCGUUUAUAACUUUGCUUUUGGAGGAUGCACUUAUCCCGCUGCCCCGACUAAUGGGAUUUUCGAAGGAACGGUACUACCUCCCGCGACUACCGCUCCUCCGAUUCAAUAUUCGUGUAACGGAGUGCUCUACACUUUCGCUUUUUCUGGAUGUACAUACUCAAAUCCGGUAAACGGUAUUGCCACCGGGACUCCUGUUGCAGCAGUCGCGAACACCGCCGCUGCCAGUUCCUACCUAUGCAACGGUGUCUAUUACACCUAUCCCUAUCCUGGAUGCACUUACGGCAAUAAUUUCAAUACUGGAUCCAGAUAUCUAUGCAAUGGUGUUUAUUAUACUUAUCCAUAUCCCGGUUGUACCUACGGUUAGGUGCUGUUUCAAGCACGCCUUGAAACGCAACUGGAUGAAUCACUUCAGUAAUUUUUGUGUUUCCCAUAUAAAAUGUCACAUUUCUUUUAAAAUUACUACCCGCAUACGAAUCACGUGACAAUCUAAACAAAGAGAACAAGCUUUUCAUUCAGCAACAGACAUUAUAAACAGUAAAAUGCGGCCAACCGGCUUCAGCCAACUUUGAA